AUGUGGUCCGGCUCGCCCCUCAAGUUCGAGCACUCGCACCACCACCAGCCUCAGCAGCACAACCAGCAGCAGCACAGCCAAGGCCAGGACACAGAGUUCAACAACUUCCACAUGCCACCGCAGGCCAUGCCUUCAACACCAACACACCACCGCCGCGGCCAGAGCCUGAGCGCCAUCCCCAAUCUUCCUCGAACGCCAAACAAUCACCAGUUGCGCCCGCCCGUCUUCCUCCACAGCCCCAUGAGGGCCAAUUCAAACGGGCUGAUCGGCGUCGGAGAUGUCUUUGCCCCGAACAACUUCGAGGAUAACAUGGCAUACUACUCGCCAGUCAUGUCUCCUGGCACGGCGCUGGAAAGCCUCAACGAGGAGUUGACAAACUUCGACCUGGCCGGCUUUGGCGGUCCUCUAGGCUCAGUACCCGGCGGUUCCUUCUAUGAAUCGUCUCCUAUGCCUUCUCCGGGCCAGACCACAUUUCCCUUCAACAAUAACCCCUUCAGCGGGGCCCCAGAGUCGUCCAUGAUCCCGUCGCGGACAGCCUCUCCCCUGUGUACCAGCUUCAGUCCCGGGCCCGACCCAGGCGCUCCCGAUAUGCAGAACUUCAUUCGAACACCACAGCAGUCUCCCACGCGGCAAAGCUUCAGAGAUUUCGUCUCUACCCCCGAGCCCUCGCCAACACACCACAGCAAUCCCCUGAAGGACUCCCUGCUGCAGGCACGGCAGCCGUCUCCCACGAGAGAAGCCGUCAUAGAAACCCUCAUCCGAACCCCAGAGCCCUCACCCACCCGCCACAGCUUCUCUCACGCAAGCCCACACCCCCAUGGGAAUCUCCUACAAACCGCACCCGAUCUCCGCCCAAUGGGAACUCCGCGAGGAUCUGGAAGCCCCAACCGAAGCCGCCAGUCCCCAAGUCCGAGCCGGCGCAUGCGCGCCCACCAGCGCACACAGAGCCUACAAAGUAUCAACAGCGUGGUGAGCCUGGCGGACGGCGACAUGGAGCAAUACCGUGUUGAGUCCACCAUCAAGCCAGAACAGAUUUCCGAGCUCAUUGGCGAGACUGAGUCUCCAUCUGGAGGCGCUGCGGCACAGGAUGCCAGCACUGCCAGUGACAAGGCGGCCACUACAGGGACUGACGCCAACAAGAAAUAUAUAUGCAAAUGGGUCGAGCAGGUUUCUAAUAAGGACGGCUCGAGCGAGGAGAAGACGUGCGGGCAGUUCUUCGAGCGCAAGGAGAACUGCAAGGCGCAUAUCCAAACACACCUUGACGACAGACAGUACAAAUGUCCGUACGGCUUCUGUGGGAAACUCUUUGUGCGGUCUCACGACCUGCGAAGACAUCUGCGGACCCACGAUGUGCACAAGAAGUGGGUGUGCCCCUGCGGCCGCGACUUCAGCCGAGCAGACGCACUGCACCGACACCAAGGCAGGGGCAACUGCAUCGGGGCUCCGCCAGGGACAAAACGCAAGGAGCCAGCCAAGCGAGGCAGGCCGCCGAAGAAGAAGGACGGCGUGCCAGGUGCCACCGCCUCAGAUCCCAACGCGCCGCCAACGAUAGUCCCACCGGGAGACCUCAGCCAGCCGCCCCAGCCGCACCUCAGCGGAAACAACCCCAUCCACAACGGGCCGAGCUUCGCCCCGAUGGGCGGCAGCAGGCACGACAGCGCGGCCAUCAUGACCACCACGGAGGACGACCUGGGCAUGGACAUGCGCCUGGACGGCCUGCCGUCCUUGGACAUCGUGGACAUGGAGCACCUGGCGCCGCCGGACCUGGACCCGAGCCCCAGCCCCACGCGGGACGGCGACACGUGCCACUCGAGCGGGUUCGCGACCAGCAGCCUCGCGCCGAGCCCGCUGGGCGACGAGCUUAGCCCGUCGCCUGUGCCGCCCGACUGCGGCGACACCAUGCUGUGCGGGCCGCCCGGGGACGAGUGGCUGGAGGACCUGAUCUUCAUCAAUGACAAUUUUGUCGAGAAUGGGUCUGUCUGA